AGCGUUGUGCUCUGCUCCCGCUCAGCCACCCGCCCUGGACACGGCGCCACCAUGCCCAAGUGCCCCAAGUGCAACAAGGAGGUGUACUUUGCUGAGCGGGUGACCUCCCUCGGGAAGGACUGGCAUCACCCUUGCCUGAAAUGUGAGAAACGUGGAAAGACGCUGACCUCAAGGGGUCAUGCCGAGCAUGAAGGCAAGCCCUAUUGCACCCACCCCUGCUACGCGGCCAUGUUCAGCCCCAAAGGCUUCAGGCACGGUGGGGCAGAGAGCCACACUUUCAAGUAAACCCAGGUUUUGGAGACCCCAUCCCUGGCUGCUUGCUGGGCCGCUGCCCCUC